UGAAAUACAAUUUCACUUUAAAUUUAUAUUAUGGCUAUAAAAAAGACGAUUAAAACUUGGAAAAGUCAAGUUUAAACAAUCAUUACUUUUGUAGAAAAGGAGCCUUACUUUACUAGAUCGGUAAAGUUCACGUGUCCCAAAUUCGUGCUGUUUUGUCAAUAAUCUUAUUACAGUACAAUACUGGUGACCUAUAUUGCCAUUUUCCUUUUUUGUUAUACUAAAGCGCAUUGGCUUAAUUCCAUAGUAGGAACAUUGUGUUUAGUCGACGCUAACAUUGUCGAUUCUUGCUUGACUUUUUUAUUUAAAAUACAUAGUAGAAAAUAACGAUUUUUAUAAAAAUGUUGAUUUGUAACUUUUUAAUUUGUAAUGGGAGUUGACUAUGUAUUCUGGGAAUAAAUUUUUCAUGCGUAAAUACAGUGGAGUCAGUAAGGACACACCUAAUUUUGGCCAGCAUAAGUUAACUUUUACCGGAAACUUCACUCCGUGUCAUAAGCUCUUCGACAUAAGCUCUCUGGAAUUAAGGGAUUCUAUGCGGCAAGACAUUCUCAAUACUGUGAGGCAGAGAACUGAGUCUAUAAUGCUGGAGCACAAUGAAAAUGACUGUAAUCCAAUGUAUGAGGAUCCAAGGGAUGUUGUAGUCAAGCCAGCCAAACCCCCACGAAAAAGAAACAUUCAAGGUAUUGCAGUUAUUUCUCCAAGAGGCAGCAAAGAGGGAAGGGCUUUGCUUAGAGAGCAAAAGCGAAAACUUACCAAGAAAUAUGAGAGUUUAGUCACUGCUCUUAUGGAUAGGUGUGAGGAAAAUGUUAUUAUGAUAUCUGAAAAAGAAUCUCAAAUAAGUAAACUGAGGGAGAAGCUCAAAACUGUGCUAGAUUACAACAGACUAUUUGCCAGUGAGAAUGACCGUCUUAAAGGCGAAUAUACUACACUAGCGAACUAUGUUGAAGAGUGUAAGGUUGCUAUACAAGAGGAAAGGGAGAGAAACGAGGAGUUGGAGAAGAAAUAUAAGAAGUUGGAAGAGAAAGCUAAGCACUAUGAGUUGCCCGAUAAAGAGCAUUCUACAGCAAUUCCUUUAGUAGAAGUUUGUAUGAACUGCAGCAGUCGGCAAAUAUUACUUAAUCAGGCGAGAGAACAAAAUUCACGACUACAAAAAGACAUGCAGGCUAUGAAAGAUGUAUUGUAUAGACUGAACGUCCAACUUUCUCGGUAUCAAGAACGCUUACGGAACAAUGUCCAUACAUUGAACACGGGUGCUAAUGAUGCGUUCAAACCGUGCGGAAAGUACGAAGGUUUUGAUUCGCUAAUCACAGCUAGCUUAGGACAGAGACAAGAAGCCGAUAACGAAGAAACUCAUACUAAUCCCACUUCUGGAGAUGGGGCACUUCGUUUAGAAAGAGUCGUAGAUUUAUCUGGACUAUUGAGUGCACAAGCAUUAGCGCCAUUGUUUGAUGCCUUCCAAGAAAAUUUACAAGAAAAGGACAACCUUAUACUGGACUACGAGAAACAAUUCGAGAACCUGAACAAGACAUCGAAACAAAUCGUCACAGAAAACAAAGCUUUAAUCCAAAAAGGUAACACGUUAGAACAGGAGUUGGUGCAAGUGAGACAGAACUACAAAAAACUCCUGGUCGAAAAAGAGACAGGGGAUAUUGAAAAAACUACGAUAUUAGAAAGAGCAGAAAGAGCGGAGUCUAAGUUAAAGGAAGUUUAUGAACUGUAUGAAGGGAAGAUGGCGGCAAUGAUGCGAGACUACGAAACGGUCCAUCGGGAAUACUAUUCAGUGAAGACCGCUCUAGAAGCUUCCGCUGGCAAGAUGGCGCAUUUCGACGCUAUGAGAACUAAAACUGUGCCCGCAGAUUUGCAUGAGCGGAGGUUGGAUGAUUGUAAACGAUUGCUGGACGAACUAAAACAUCAGUACGGAAUGGAGUCUGAAAGAAAGAGCGAACAAAUUAAAAAACUAGAAGAAGAAUUGCAUAAAACAGAAGAUAAAUAUAACAAGAUCUGCCAAGAAAACGAAGCUGCCAAGGAAGAAUUACAAGCCGCGCUAAAAAAUGUUCGGCUAUACCGUAAAGCAGCAGUAGUCUUCCGCCAUCGAGCGCGUGCCGCGUCUGCCAGAGCAACUCGCGCACGAAGAAGUAAGAGAAUUCAAAACAGUGAACCUUUGUGCAAAGCUUUGGAAGCGUUAGAGAGGAUCAAAUUGGAGAUUAAGGCUGUGAAAUCCAGAGCGCACACAUCAUUGGAGGAGCUGGAGCGCCGGAUAAUGGAACAGGAGAGGCGUGCCGCGCAUGCCCAGUCCGAAUACAGGCGGGAGCUUGAAAGGGCUUCUUUGGCUUUAGAACAUAAAGAAGGCAUCAUCAGGAGUCUGAUCGACAAAGUGGCAGAUGUCGAGGAAGUCAGGUUAAGCCAAACCAAUGCGCAUCGCCUGCAGGGCAUCGUAUCCGACUCAUCUGAACGGUCUUCCCUGAAGAAUCAAGAGAAGAAGGAGAGUAAACAAACCAAUAAAAGUUUGGUGCGACCGGGUGUUUUAUACCAAAUUUCGAGUCCAAACUACCCCAAUUACUACCCAUCUGGAUCAAUAUGCCGAUGGAUAGGAACUUGUCCCUCUGGAUACAACUGCAGACUAGACUGUGAAAUCGGUCUACCACAGAGCUCAUCAUGUAGCGUAGAUCGCUUCUUGAUUUCGUCAAGCGGAGAUCGGACGCUGCAAGCAGCAGAUUACUAUUGUGGCUCAGGAACGGUCAGCGCAGUUUCAACUGGCGUAGAGAUAGUUGCAGGUCUUAGAUCGCAAAGUGGCCAAGGCAGGUUUAGAUGUGACCUGUAUGCUCAGAGCAGUGCUCCAACUUGUAGCUGUGGAUAUAAGAAGACGAACCGUAUUGUUGGCGGACAAGAAACUUCUCCCUACGAAUACCCUAUGAUGGCUGGAAUAGUAUAUGCCAGCGCUGAAGAUAUCAAAUGUGGUGCUACGAUCAUUUCCCAAUACUACGUGGUAACCGCAGCACAUUGCGUAGCAGGCAAGCAAUUAUCUGAGCUAAUAGUUGUGGCUGGAGUUCAUAACAGAGAUACAGCACAACAGGUCUUCCAAGUCUCUACAAUCCGCAUACAUCCGCAAUACAAUUCAAAUAACUACGAUUACGACGUCGCAGUACUAGGUUUAAAUAAACCAAUUCAGUUUAAUGAAAUGGUUGGUCCCGUGUGUUUGCCCUUUAAGUUCUUGAACAAAGACUUUACUGGGGCCCAAGUAACGUUGUUGGGUUGGGGAACUUUAUUCUUCGGGGGUAAUAAAGCACCGGCGCUUAGGAAGGUGGAUGUUGACGUGAUAAGCCAGUCCGCCUGCCGAAGCCGCUUGCCAUCGGUGACGCCGCAACAAAUUUGCACCUUUACUAAAGGAAAAGAUUCUUGCCAGGACGACUCCGGUGGACCACUCCUGUAUCCAGAUCCGGACACCGGCUCCAUGUUUAUAACUGGAAUUAUCAGUUCAGGAACGUUCUGCGCAUCAAACGAGCCGGCUAAGAACACGAGAAUUACGUCUGUGCUCAAUUGGAUUGUGGAGAGCGCCCCGGCUAAUUACUGCAGGAAAUAAAUACAUUGGGAAUAAUGUA